UUCCUACUUGCACUGUGAAAGCACGACACGUGUAAAAAAGAGGGAAAGACAGUCAUAUUCUGUCGAGGAAAAGGCUGCUGUUGUUCGUUUUGUGCUUGCUUCAAAUAAUACCAAAGCUGCUGUCCACUUCAGUAUUGACAAAAGUCUGGUUAGCAGAUGGGUGAGGAACUUAAAAACCCAGCUUGACGACCUCAAAAACUGUAAGUCUCGUCGUGUUGGCACCAGUAGAAAAGAAUUUUUCCAUGCUGAAGAAGAACAACUUUCGCUUGGUUUUAAGAUCGAAAUGUCAAAAAUCGUUGCCGAAACUGCUGGAGACACGGAUGAUGUGACAAAAAAACUUAUUGCAAGCAAUUUCAAAGCAUCCUCACAUUGGCUCAAACGUUUUUUGUGCCGGCAUAAUCUUACUCUUCGCCGUAAAGCAAAAAUAUCUCAAUAG